GUAUCUGACAAACGUAUUCCAAAUCUUAAGAUUGUUCUUAUUUUUUUUUCAUUGAAACAACAACACACGAUGAACACUCUCCAACAACGUUGCUGUUUCAACUUUCUUCUAACAACGUUCGUAGUAGUUUUUCUCAGCACAACACUUUCACCAGUCUCGGCUCGUUUAUUCCCCAACGUGUCCUCAAUCCCAGAGUGGAACUCCUCCCACGUGCCCCCAGCCGGCGCGUGGAACGCGUAUCUCAACUUCACCGGAUGCAGUCGGGGGAAAGCCUACGACGGCCUUUCUAAUCUCAAAAACUACUUCCAUUACUUCGGCUACAUACCCACCGCGCCGCCGUCCAACUUCACCGACGACUUCGAUGAUGAGCUCGAAGAAGCCAUCAAGACCUACCAGAAGAAUUUCAACCUCAACAUCACCGGCGAGCUGGACGACGCUACGAUGCAGCAAAUCGUGCGCCCAAGGUGUGGCGUGGCCGAUGUCAUCAACGGCACCACAACAAUGAACUCCGGUAAGUCGAACACCAGUUCCACUCCGAAUUUCCACACAGUGGCGCACUACUCGUUCUUCGAUGGCAUGCCACGGUGGCCGGAGGGUACAGAAGAACUCACCUACGCGUUUGACCCUGACAACGGCCUUGGCGACACUGUGAAGGGCGUUUUCAGUAACGCGUUUAAGAGAUGGGCAGAGGUUACCACAAUCUCGUUCAGAGAAGCGUCGUCGUAUGCGGUUGCGGAUAUCAAGAUAGGGUUUUACAGUGGGGAUCACGGGGAUGGUGAACCGUUCGACGGAGUGUUGGGGACGUUGGCGCACGCUUUCUCGCCGACGAACGGGAUGUUCCACCUCGACCAGGCGGAGGACUGGGUGGCCACCGGCGACGUCACCAAGGCCUCCGUGUCGAACGCCGUGGACUUGGAAUCCGUGGCGGUGCACGAGAUAGGCCAUUUGCUCGGCCUCGGACAUUCCUCCAUCGAAGAAGCCAUCAUGUACCCUACGAUUUCGGCGAGAACGAGAAAGGUCGACCUCGCCCAAGAUGAUGUUGAAGGGAUUCAAGUUCUCUACGGUUCCAAUCCUAACUACACCUUCACACCCUCUACCUCUUCGCGCGAGAACGAAUCCAGCGACGGUGUUCGCCACGUGAGGACCACGUGCGGCGUGCUUUUCUCCUCUCUCUUGAUCUUCCUAGGAUUUGUAUCGCUCCUGUGAUUUUUCUCAUGUUAGUUUUGUACAGAGGAGUGCGUUUGUUACACGCACGGACAUACAUACGGAUACUUGUAUAGGGUUUCGUUGUCGUCCGAGUACGUACGGUAUACUUUGUACCAUGAUUCAUUAGCAUUCUUCAUUCUUUUUUUCUUUUGUGAUAGUUUAAUAAAGAAUGAUGAUACACAGAGAGCGUUAAUGAAUCUUUUUUUGAUUCCAAAUAUGUUUUCGGAUUCUACGAGUUAAUGAAUCUAACAUGCGGCGUUGCAUUCUA